UCUCUUGAUAAGACCUAAUUCGGCGACAAAAAUGACUAUCAGUACGCAGAAAUAUUUAUCGAUAUGAAGGUUUUCCAUGAGCAAUUUUAUGGUGUUAUACAGCAAACAAACCGUUCUUAGUGAUAAUAAUGUCAACAUUUGACAAAUUCAUUGUUGUUAUAGAAGCGACGUUGUAAAUUAAUCUUUAAAAUGUUGUAAAUACAUUAAGGUGAAAUAAUUUUGACUGAAAUAAAUGUGUCACUGAAAUUUUUGAAGCUUUGGCACACGAUCAUGUAUGUUGAACGGUAGUCUAUAAACAACUCUUGAAUGUAAAAUGUGUAUUUGUUGAUAUUGAUUUCGAUAUCAUGUGCUUUUGAACAUUCUAUUAAUAAUUUCUACUAAUGGCUAGUUUUCAAUUCAACCGAAGAAGGAGUUCCUCAAUCAAAAAAGAAUUUAGCGAAAAAGAACUUGAAGGACUGAAGACAGCUUUCCAAUUAUUAGACAGAAAUCAAGAUGGGAGGGUUACACCUGGUGAAUUCAAAAUAAUGCUGAAUAAUUUGGGUAUUGAAAUAAAAUAUCAAAAGGCUGAAGAAAUUAUAAGAAGUGCAAGCCAUUCGGGUAUUGACAUAAUUGAUCAAAACGACUUCUUAAGCUUCGUCAAAACAAUUCAGCAAGCCACCCCAGGACCAGAAGAUGAAGAUUUAACGAGGGAUCUAACAGCAGCUUUCAAAGUUUUCGAUCUAGAUGGAGAUGGAUUCAUUACCAGGGAAGAACUCAAAGUCGCAAUGGAAAUGAUAGGUGAAACAGUAACUGACGAGCAAAUCGAUCAAGUAAUAGUAUUGGCCGAUACCGAUAAGGAUGGUAAAAUCAAUUACGAAGAAUUCGUCAAAUUGCUGACUUCGUGAAAGGAAAAAAUUGAAUACAGGUAUUAUAAUGUAUAGGUUUAUUAUUUAGAAAUAAUACAUGUUGAGAAUGAUGAGAAAGAUACUAUUCCAGUAUUUAUCAUAAAUUAACAUGGCUGUGAUCUUUUGCGAUCAUGAGAUCAUUGCCUUACUGACUGAGAAUAAAUAGUAUUUAGCAACA